AUGGAUCAAAAUUUCAACGCAAACUCCACCAACGCCCGUCGAGUAGCCCAAGAUGGCGAAGACUCCCUCUCAUCACUCGAGCAAGAAGUCCUUGAUGAAUACGCCAAACUUGUCGGGAAUCUCGAUGAUCUAGCAGGACUUCUCGGGGAAUUAGCAGCGAAUCCCUCAGCGGAAAUUCUGGAUUCUUUGAGGGGAUUGGAGAGGAAGACUACGACUGUUUUUACACUUUUGAAGGCGAGUGUGUAUAGUAUUGUUUUGCAGCAGGAGAUUGCGGAUGCGGAUGGGAGGUGA